UGCAGCUUAUGGCUAUUGGCUUUUUGAUUAUACGUGCUCUUUCUGUGAUUUUAUCUUCUGCAAGUGUUUCCUGUAGAUCCGAGCUUUGGAUAAGUCACCACAUUUUGCUACAAAAAUGGCAGAUGGAUCACAACAUUCAUCUAUAUUCUAUAAAAUACAUGGGCAGUCCUACCUCUUCUCUAGGCUCUCCCCCAACUUGCAGGCCAGAAAUUCUACCAUCUACAAUAUAUCUGGUGCAUACAUGAAUGGAGGCCUUCAGAGCCAUCUGCUGUCAUCAUACCAAGGCAACAUGUCUAUUAUGCCUUUAUCACCUGUCUAUGUUCAAGCUCCAUCAGAGAAGGGAGUUGGUGCAUUUAUGGUUGAUUUUCUCAUGGGAGGAGUUUCUGCUGCUGUCUCCAAGACAGCAGCUGCUCCAAUUGAGCGCGUAAAGCUCUUGAUACAAAACCAGGAUGAGAUGAUCAAGGCUGGUCGGCUGUCUGAACCCUACAAGGGAAUUGGUGACUGUUUUGGCAGAACAAUCAAGGAUGAAGGCUUCAUUUCCUUGUGGAGAGGCAAUACUGCUAAUGUCAUCAGAUACUUUCCCACCCAGGCUCUGAACUUUGCUUUUAAGGAUUACUUCAAGAGGUUGUUCAACUUUAAGAAAGACAAGGAUGGCUACUGGAAGUGGUUUGCUGGAAACUUGGCAUCUGGAGGUGCAGCUGGUGCUUCAUCGCUUCUUUUUGUCUAUUCCCUUGAUUAUGCCCGGACACGACUUGCCAAUGAUGCCAAGGCUGCCAAGAAGGGUGGUGAAAGGCAAUUCAAUGGAUUAAUUGAUGUAUACAGGAAAACCAUUAAAUCUGAUGGGCUUGUUGGCUUAUACCGAGGAUUUAACAUCUCAUGUGUUGGGAUUAUUGUAUAUCGUGGACUCUACUUUGGAAUGUAUGAUUCUCUUAAGCCAGUGGUGCUAACUGAUCAAUUGCAGGAUAGUUUCUUAGCAAGUUUCCUACUGGGAUGGGGUAUCACCAUAGGUGCUGGGUUGGCUUCUUAUCCAAUUGAUACUGUCCGAAGAAGGAUGAUGAUGACCUCAGGAGAAGCAGUCAAGUACAAGAGCUCAUUCGAUGCAUUUUCUCAGAUCCUUAAGAAUGAAGGUGCCAAAUCCCUCUUCAAGGGAGCAGGUGCAAACAUCCUGCGAGCAGUUGCUGGUGCUGGUGUGUUGGCUGGUUAUGACAAGCUGCAAGUGCUUGUAUUCGGGAAGAAGUAUGGAUCUGGUGGUGGUGGCUAACUUGGUCACUGGGUGUGGAGGUAGAUGUAGUCACAGUGGCUUGAUGAUGACGAUGAAGAACAAUAGUAGUUGUUGUUUUCCCUUUUUUGGAGUUUUGAAUAAUUUGAGCAGCUUUUGUUUUUCAAGACAAGCUAUUUUGGUAUUUUGCAUUUAUAGUGGAUGACUAUUGACUAAUGACUUACCAGUUGGACUAGGUAAUUAGAUGCUUGAAUAUACAGAAAGAUAUUAGCUUUCA